AUGGACGGGGCGCGGAUGCUGGAGCUGGCUAACUGGAGCACUAUUUUGGUGUGCGCCGUCUUGAAGCUUCCGCAGGGCGUCGUUUUAUUGGCGGCCAAAUCUGCCAGGGGAGUCAGUUUGGAGAGUUUGGUCCUAGAGCUGAGCGGCUUCCUCGUAUGCCUACGAUAUCACAGUUACUACAGUUAUCCUCUGUCAACAUAUGUUGAAUAUCCCAUCAUCAUUGCACAAGAUGUUAUUCUCUUCCUGUUUGUUCUACACUACAAUGGCAAAAUGAAGCAUGCUUUUCCUUAUGCUGUCAUAUUUGUGAUGGGAUGGUAUGUACUAGGUCUGCAUAAAUGGAUACUGGACGUGGCUAUGAAUUUAUCCACUCUAGUUAGUGCAGCAAGUAAAUUUGCUCAGCUCAGAUGUCUCUGGCAGACUAAAGAUUCUGGACAAGUGAGCACUUUGACUUGGAUUUUAGCUACAUACACCUGUGCAGCAAGAAUAUUCACAACAUUGAUGACAACAAAGGAUCUCACAGUUCUUGUUCGUUUUGUGGUCAUGAUGUCUCUGAAUAUAUGGGUCACAGCAACUAUACUGCGUUAUAGGAAAACUGUUCAGAAGACCGACUAAAACAUGAGUUCUGCCAAUUUUAAGUAAUCUGGACCAAAAGGAAGGAAGAAGCCACUAUAAACACCUAUAAGUAGGACCAAAAAUAUUAAGCUCACCAGAAAUUGACAUUUGAUUUAAUAGAAGACUAUUGAAGUUUAUCCACUGCAAACAGAACUCCAUUAUAUUGAUAAAACUCCACAAAUUUAUUGUCAAAGGCUUUCAUGGCCAGAAUCAACAGGCUGUUGUGGGUCUUUCGGGCUGUGUGGCUGUGGUCUGGCAUUUUUUCCUCCUAACGUUUCACCUGCAUCUAUUGCUGGCAUCUUCAGAGGUACGUCAUGGUAAGAUGCGCAAGAAAGUGAAAAAACUGUAAAGCGCAACAAAUAAUACAAUAAGCAUACAGUGCUGAACAGAGGCAGAGCUAUAAGGGGUGGGGGGUGCGCGGUGCACUAGGCACACGCCUGGACCCCCUAGAAAAUUACCCCUCUUUCCCCCUAUGCCCACCCCUUUACCUUAGUUUAAAGCAGCCUGAUGGGAACUAUACUUCCCAGGAGGCUGGGGCUCGCAAGGUCUCCUGGGAUGUGUAGUCCCCACAAGGCCGCUUUUUCUACACCAGGAAGUGUAGUUCCUGCUAGGCUGCUUUAGACUUAGGUAAGGGGAAACAUGGGAGUGGGGGGAGGGGCCAGGCACCAUCCCCCCCCCCCCCAUGCCUCUGGUGCUGAAUAAAGGAGUAAUCCCUUUAAUAAACAACUUCAAGUCUCAGCGGAUAGAUCAAAUAACUUCAGUGAGCAAACACAGCAGGAGUCCACUUAGUUCAAGGCUCACAUCCAUACAAUGCAGUAAUGGUAUAAAAGGACCUAAGCAUUCAAGCUGAAACAGUAGACUGAAAAGUCCUUAAGGCAGAAUGAUACAGUGGCAACAACUCUCAAGUGGACUCUCCUGGUUAGUUGGCAAUCCAUUUAGCAAAGUAAGCAUAUAGUGCUGCUUUAUUCAGCGCUGUGUGCUUAUUGCAUUGUUUGUUGAUUGCGCUUUACACUUUUUUCCACUUUCUUGCACUUCACUGUAUUAUUUAAACUACUAUCACUUGAGCUUUGUUCUCGGUUGUAUAUUUAUACCAGUCUGGGUAUGGUGGUGUAUUUGUUGAUAAGUCAAUGGCCCUGAACUGCCAGAAGUUAGUAGAGCUUAUUUCUUACUGAAAUCAAUAGAACUUUCUCUGCAUUGGGUAAGAGUAUCUUUGCUGUCCCUUUACUUAUUUACAAAGACUCACUUAGGCUCUUUAAAAACCAUUUCUGGUACAAGGAUGGACUCAGUUGAAACAUCAGGUAUGGUCUGAUAAUAGAGGUUGAUGCAAAAACCUUCUUGCAUAUGAAGUCACCAUGAAUUCAGUUCUUGCAUCCAACAGCACGUGCAAUGAACAGCAAUCUCAGUACCAUUGUUGGAAAGCCACUGUUUGGAUAUGUGGAACCUUUAAAUACAAAAUCCAAAUAUGAAUCUGUUCUGUGCCAAAAAAGGCCAAGCCACCGAAGAAAAAAUUCAUGAACAGAACUACUCUUAGCUACUCCACUGAAUUGUGAAGGGAAGACAUUUUCUUUGCAUUUAACUUUGUAAAAUGCAUUUAUAACGUUUUGAAGUCAGUCAUGAAAUUCUCUGUCUCAAAAUCUAUGCAGUAAAAUUAAGGUUUUAUAUGAAA